AGUGACAUCCUCCAGCUCCACAUUCAGACCCUCCGGACUUUCCAGCGGUGAUCAUCCGUCAUGGACCUGGACCCCACCGUCGUCCUGCCCGCCAUCCUCUUCACCGUCGUGGCUAUUUACUUCGCCUCGUCUCUGCUCACCAAGAAGCCCGACGCCUCCUCUGCCGGGAAACAGAAGCCCAAAGUCGGCUACGGAGAUGACAUCCCUCCGUCCAGAGCUCUGGCGCCGCAAUUCGCAGCCUCCCCGAGACCUGAGCCUCCUGCCCCGGCUGUAGAGGACAUCGGAGCCGCGGAGAAGAUCCAGGACGUCCCGGCGCCUAAAGUUGAGGCUGCCCCAGAACCAGUACCAGAACCUGUCCUUGAACCAGUCAAAGUACCAGAGUCUCCAGUAGAAGCACCCACAGCACCAGAACCUGUCCCUGGACCAGUUAAAGUACCAGAGCCUCCAGCAGAAGCACCUGCAGCACCAGAGCCCGUCAUAGUAGCAGAACCUGUUCCAGAACCAGUCAAAGUACCAGAAGUAGCUGCAGUACCAGAACCUACUCCAGAACCAGAACCAGUCCCAGAACCAGUAUCAGUACCGGAACCUGUUCCAGAACCAGUCCCAGAGCCAGUGUCAGUGCCCGAACCUGUCCUAGAACCAGUAUCAAAGCCCGAACCUGUCCCAGAGCCUGAGCCUGUACCAGAGCAGGUAUCAGAACCAGCUGCAGUCCCAGAACCAAUCUCUGUCCCUGAACCUGCCCCAGAACCUGUUGUCGAGUCUGAACCAGUGUCUGAACCUGAAAAAGUGGUGGAGUCAACUGAGCCAGAACCAGAGAUCAGUGUGAACAACGAUGUGGCUGAAGCUGACGAUCAGGUGAAGUUCAUUCCGGGGAAGAAACAGAGCAAGUUUGAGACCAUGAUGACGAAGGAGGAGAUCGAGGAGGAGCAGAGGGUGCAACAGGAGCAGCUGGCGGCCAUCUUUCUUCUGCUCAGGGAGAACCAGGAAGUGCUCGGCGAGGUGACGGAGGGCGACAUGGAGGAGCAGCUGAAGCUCUACUCUCUCUGAGACGCCUUCUUCAUCAUCAUCGUCAUCAUGGGAUGGUUACCACGGCAACACCGACUCACCACAGCUGGAUGUGAAUCGUUGUUAAAGAAUUUUAUUUCCCGUCACACGUUCAGAUCGACUCGCUAUUUAUUAAAUACUGUAAAAAAAAUAGUGCUUAGCUGUCAUUUUUUAGAAACCUGGAUGGGUUACUCCUGGUUUGUUAAUUUACAGAUAAUAUCUUAGAAAAUCACAGAAAAAAGCGUUCAUUUACAUGUUGACUGUCAAAAAGCAGGAAAAGAAUAGCGUCAAAAAUCCAAAAAUUUACAAAUAAUCAUUCAACUGAAUAAUGGUGAAUAUUUUUCAAACUUAUUUUAAAGAUUUUCUCUGUUUUGUUCAUUUCUUGAUAAUUUCAACUAAAAUCACAAAAAUAUUAUUUAAAAAAAUGAAAACAGAAAACAGGUCAAAACUGGAAAAAAUCGGUAUUUUUACAAAAUAAUAAUUUGUUCUUUUUUACCCCUUGACUGCAAAAUGAAAGCUUUAAUGUAUUUAAAACCUCCAAAAAUAUCAUUAUCUUCCAUAUAUUUGCUGUUAUUUUAAAGUAAAAAUAUUUAUAAUGAUUGAAAAAUGCAAAAAUUUUACAGCAUUUUUUUUUACAAAUUGUAUUUUGUUUAAUUGCAGAUGAUGUCUAAUAAAGCCAUGAAAAAAAGCGUUAAUUUAUAUGUUGACUGUAAGAAAAAAGGCUCAAGCUGUAAAUAAUGUUCACAUCUGUGUUUUUUACAAUUAGUAAUUUGCUCUUAAAAUUACAGUUUUACUGUCUUUAAAACAGCUAACAACAUUAUUUUAUAAUGUUUUACAUUAUAUAUCUAAUAAUACAAAAACAUUGUGUAAUAACACUAAUAUUCAGCUGAUAUUCAUUAGAAUACUUCACCACUUUGCAAAAAAAAUUCUGCUUUUUCUCGAAUUAAUUGCAUUUUUGGAAAUAUUUUAAACAUUUACUUUAUGACUUCCCUCCCUUUUUAAAAAAUAUUUUCACUUGAUUCUUUACAUGUUUAUUUUUUCCUGACACUUGAGGAUAAUUCUAGAAUUAAUAACUGGUGUUUCUGUCUGUUCUGGAUCACACGCUGUCUCAUACCUGCUCUGUGUGUUUUUUUUUUUUUUUAGCUUUUAUUUAUUUAAGGUUUAAUUUGAAAUGACUUCUGUAAAGACUUUUUUAUGAUAAUAAAUGAAUAUUAAAGCUUUA